AUGAAAUCUUCAAGUUUAACAUCAUUUGAGUUCGAUAACCUUCUCAAGCAAUCAGAAUCAAUACUUAGUGCAUCUGAUGUAUACAGAUGUACUCGAAAGGCAAAUGUUUCAAUAAAAAAUCUUCAAGAUGUCAUUUUAAUUCUAAUCCUCAUCAAAAAAUACAUGAAAUUGACAGUAUUAGAUGAAAUCAUUGUUAUUUUAAUGCAAACAGAAAAAGAGAUAUUCAAUUCUACUCAGAAAAUUCAAAAACUUCAAGCAGAGUUAAAUGGAAAUGAAAUUGAAUUACAUCAAUCUCAAUUCAAUGAUAUAAACGAUGAAAACUUCAAUGAGAAAGAAAUUCUAUCCAAAAUUGCAAAACUUAGGAAAUCAUAUGAUUUUGGAAGCGUUUACAAUUUAUUUAAUGACCUCUCAUGUCACGGAAAACAUAAUAUGAUUUCAAAAGCAAUCGAUAAAGGUCUUUGGAAAAAGACAGAUUCUACAAAACAGGAAUGGGAAGAUGAAAAGAAUAUUCUUCAUGUUGCAAGCGAAAAAGGAAAUCUCAGACUCGUUAAAUCUCUCAUUCUCUGCGGCUGUGAUAAAGAAACAAAGAGUAAAUACGAAUAUACCCCACUCAUUUAUGCAGCUAUUAAUGGGCAUGUUGAAGUUGUUAAAUAUCUAAUCGCUGUUGGAUCUAACAAAGAAACAAAGAGUAAAUAUGAAUAUACUCCACUUAAUUAUGCGGCAUAUAAUGGGCAUGUUGAAGUUGUAAAAUAUCUUAUCUCUGUCGGAGCAAAUAAAGAAACCAAGAAUAAUAUUGGUAAUACUCCACUUAUUAGUGCAUCAUUGAAUGGACACAUUGAAGUUGCUAAAUAUCUUAUCUCUGCUGGAGCAAAUAAAGAGGCCAAGAAUAAUAAUGGAGAUACACCACUCAUUACAGCAUCAUUGAAUGGACACCUUGAUGUUGCUAAAUAUCUUAUCUCUGUUGGAGCAAAUAAAGAAGCCAAGAAUAAUGAUGGAUAUACUCCACUCAUUACAGCAUCAUUGAAUGGACACCUUGAUGUUGCUAAAUAUCUUAUCUCUGCUGGAGCAAAUAAAGAGGCCAAGAAUAAUAAUGGAGAUACACCACUCAUUACAGCAUCAUUGAAUGGACACCUUGAUGUUGCUAAAUAUCUUAUCUCUGCUGGAGCAAAUAAAGAAGCCAAGAAUAAUGAUGGAUAUACUCCACUCAUUACAGCAUCAUCAAAGGGUUAUCGUGAGGUUGUUAAAUAUCUUAUCUCUGUCGGAUCUAACAAAGAAACAAAGAGUAUAUAUGAAUAUACUCCACUCAUUAUUGCAUCAUUGAAUGGACAUCUUGAAGUUGUAAAAUAUCUUAUCUCUAUUGGAGUAGAUAAAGAAGCAAAGAAUAAUGAUGGAGACACUGCACUUAUUAGUGCAUCAUGGAAUGGACACAUUGAAGUUGUUAAAUAUCUCAUCUCUGUUGGAGCAAAUAAAGAGGCCAAGAAUAAUAAUGGAGAUACACCACUCAUUACAGCAUCAUUGAAUGGACACCUUGAUGUUGCUAAAUAUCUUAUCUCUGUUGGAGCAAAUAAAGAAGCCAAAAAUAAUGAUGGAUAUACUCCACUCAUUACAGCAUCAUCAAAGGGUUAUCGUGAGGUUGUUAAAUAUCUUAUCUCUGUCGGAUCUAACAAAGAAACAAAGAGUAUAUAUGAAUAUACUCCACUCAUUAUUGCAUCAUUGAAUGGACAUCUUGAAGUUGUAAAAUAUCUUAUCUCUAUUGGAGUAGAUAAAGAAGCAAAGAAUAAUGCUGGAGACACUGCACUUAUUAGUGCAUCAUGGAAUGGACACAUUGAAGUUGUUAAAUAUCUCAUCUCUGUUGGAGCAAAUAAAGAGGCCAAGAAUAAUAAUGGAGAUACACCACUCAUUACAGCAUCAUUGAAUGGACACCUUGAUGUUGCUAAAUAUCUUAUCUCUGUUGGAGCAAAUAAAGAAGCCAAAAAUAAUGAUGGAUAUACUCCACUCAUUACAGCAUCAUCAAAGGGUUAUCGUGAGGUUGUUAAAUAUCUUAUCUCUGUCGGAUCUAACAAAGAAACAAAGAGUAUAUAUGAAUAUACUCCACUCAUUAUUGCAUCAUUGAAUGGACAUCUUGAAGUUGUAAAAUAUCUUAUCUCUAUUGGAGUAGAUAAAGAAGCAAAGAAUAAUGAUGGAGACACUGCACUUAUUACAGCAUCAUUGAAUGGACACAUUGAAGUUGUUAAAUAUCUCAUCUCUGUUGGAGCAAAUAAAGAGGCCAAGAAUAAUAAUGGAGAUACACCACUCAUUACAGCAUCAUUGAAUGGACACCUUGAUGUUGCUAAAUAUCUUAUCUCUGUUGGAGCAAAUAAAGAAGCAAAGAAUAAAUUUGGAGAUACUCCACUCGUUAGAGCAUCAUCAAAGGGUCAUCUUUAA